UGACAGUGGUUGGCCGUUGAGACUUGAGAGGGAUCCGCGAGAUCAACAUUAGUACAGCGAAUAUAACAGCCGACCGUUCGUUGUCGAAUCGAAUCGGAUCGAUCGGAGUAGGCGGGCAGCUGUGUAACUGUGCAUCGUAACGUACGGCAGUCGUUAUCUGACUGCAGUCAUGUCUGAGGACCUGAGCUCUCAACCUUGGUCUAUCAACAAGGAUGACUAUGAGCUACAGGAGGUGAUCGGGAGCGGAGCAACAGCUGUGGUCCAGGCAGCGUAUUGCAAACCCAGGAAGGAGAAAGUGGCCAUUAAACGCAUCAAUCUUGAGAAAUGCCAGACCAGCAUGGAUGAGCUCCUGAAAGAGAUCCAGGCAAUGAGCCAGUGCCAUCACCCAAAUAUUGUGUCUUAUUACACCUCCUUUGUGGUUAAGGAUGAGCUUUGGCUUGUCAUGAAGUUGCUCAGUGGUGGCUCAGUUCUUGAUUUUAUUAAGUACAUCAUUUCCAAAGGGGAACACAAAUCGGGUGUGAUGGAUGAGGCCAGCAUCGCCACCAUACUAAAAGAGGUGCUAGAGGGUCUGGAUUAUCUGCACAAAAAUGGUCAGAUUCACAGGGAUGUUAAGGCUGGAAAUAUUCUUUUAGGAGAGGACGGCUCUGUACAAAUUGCAGACUUUGGUGUUAGUGCCUUUUUAGCCACUGGGGGUGACAUGACUAGGAAUAAAGUGAGGAAGACAUUUGUAGGAACUCCCUGCUGGAUGGCCCCAGAGGUGAUGGAGCAGGUUAGGGGUUAUGAUUUCAAAGCUGAUAUCUGGAGUUUUGGGAUUACAGCUAUUGAACUGGCAACCGGGGCUGCUCCAUAUCAUAAAUACCCACCAAUGAAGGUUCUCAUGUUAACCCUGCAGAAUGACCCUCCUUGCCUAGAGACUGGAGUUACAGAUAAAGAGAUGGUCAAAAAGUAUGGGAAAUCCUUUCGGAAGAUGAUCUCCUUGUGCCUCCAGAAGGAUCCAGAGAAACGGCCAGCAGCUGCUGACCUUUUAAAAAACAAGUUCUUUACAAAAGCCAAGAACACUGAAUACUUGAAAGAAAAGUUGCUGGAGAGGGCACCAACAAUAGGAGAGAGAGCAAGGAAGGUGCGGAGGGUUCCGGGCUCCAGUGGGCGUCUCCAUAAGACCGAGGAUGGAGAAUGGGAAUGGAGUGAUGAUGAGCUAGACUUGGAAAGUGAGGAAGGCAAGGCUGCAGUGUCUGCAUUGCGGUCACCAAGGGUCAAAGAGGAAGCUGUGCAAACUGCCAAGAUCUUUUCAAGGAAUCCGCCAAGCUUCCUGCUGGCAACAACUGCAGGUCAGUCUGAAGUGCCACAAACUGCAGAUGAAACCUCCACGAUAUCGGUGUCUUGUCCAGGCUCCCAGGCUGUUGGUGCACCAACUGCAACAGCGCUGGACUUGGCCAAGACCAUCAGCCUAGUCCUAAGACUAAGGAAUACAAAGAAAGAGCUAAAUGAUAUCAGAUUUGAGUUCAUGCCAGGGAGAGACACCGCUGAUGGAGUGUCUCAGGAACUUGUGUCUGCAGGCCUGGUGGAUGGGAGAGACUUAGUCAUUGUUGCAGCCAAUUUGCAGAAAAUUGUUGAUGAUCCUCAAACCCACAGAAAUGUCACUUUCAAGCUGGCAUCAGGAGUGGACAGCUCUGAAAUUCCAGACGAUGUUAAACUCAUGGGAUUUGCUCAGCUGAGUAUAAGUUAAAACGUAGUAUUAUCAGCAACUGGAAAACACAGACUUCUCCGCACAAGAGUGCAUUGUAAAUGCUUUCAUUGGCCUAAAGAAACCACUACUGCCAAAGGGAUGGAAGGAACCUGACACCACAUAGGAUGAACAAAUGGUUGAAUAGGACUGCAGCUGAGUUCAUAGGAGCGCACCUCAGAUGUUUACAGUAUUCAUGUAUGUUAUCUUCUGUUGCUUUAAACAUUUGCACAAUCUGAACCAACUUCGUCUACUGGUAGAUGUCAAAAGAAUGCCUUAUUUUCGAUAGUACUACUGAAUUUACAACUUUAGGUAGAUUGUAGCUGUGGAUCUCAUCUGUGAAAUGAAUGAGUGACUGUGAGUGCUGUGUAUGUCGAUGGAGAAUGCUCCGGGGAGGAUUGUCAUUCAAAAGCAUUUAAAAGACUCGCACACAGUGCAUGUUGACACACUUAUAAAGUUAGCUGUUCAAUAACCACUCAGCAAAGUGGUUAGUCAUAUUGUAGUGAUCAAGUUCAUCUUAGUUUUACACAUUAUCCAGUUAAUAUGGUUAGCCAUCAGUCCUAAAACUCCCUCAGAACAUUGUGUUGAGACACACCUGUGCAUCGCACCUUACAGUUAAAUGACACACAUUAUAGCUGCUCUCACUAUAGGGCUGCAUUACCAUCCUUCUGCAUGGGCUAACGCCAAACUGCAUGAAAGAUUUUGACUUAUAAAAGAUAGGCUGACCAUUUUGCACUGAAUUGCAUUUUAAUAUGUGAAAACAAAAGUUGCAAGUGAUGUACAUGGAAUAUGGUAAUGAGCUUGUCUCGUCAAGAAGAUGAUUGACAAUGAUUUUGUGUUUAUUAAAUGGAUUUCUCCCUAUAGAUGAUGUACAGUAUAUGCUGAUCUUUCAAAGUUUCUCUAGAAAUUAGUAUAUAUUGGGAAAUAAUUUAAGCAAUUUUGUGGGUCGAGCAUAUUGUUAGAAUUUUUAUUUAUAUGCAUUAGGAAAUGGUGGCAGCUGUUUGGAUAGUGUUACAUAGAUAGAUUUGCCAUUUUUGCAGAAAUUAACAGUGCUUGCAAGGCAGCGAAAAAAAAAGUUUUUUAAUGCAUUUAUUUCUAAAAGGAGAAUAAAGCCAGUUUAAUGCAUACAAGUUACUAUCUUCAUUGAAUUCUGUAAAUUAUUUGUCAAUGGGGCAUUUCAAAACUUUAAACUUAAACUAAAGUGUAAUAGUAGCACCACUGGCAUCACCAAAUGGAAUUGGAAAACAUUUGAGCUGUUUUAAAAAAUAAAUUCCAAAAAACUCCCGCAGUGUUUCAUUGUAUGUACAAAUAGAUAGUCUUGUCCCAAACUCACACCACUGGUUGAGCCAGUAAUGCCAUUUUGGGCUGGACAGGCCAUCCAGACAAACAGGGAAAUGAUUUAAGAGCAUUACAGUGCUAGACUUUUAAGUGAACAUACAUUGGGCUUAAAGUUGACAGCAUAUUAAGCUGGGGUACAAAAGUCUUUCAACAUUAAAGAAAUUUAAAGCUGAAGUAAUUUUUUAAAGGGAUAGUUCACCCAAAAAUGAAAAUAUUCUCAUUUACUCACCCUCAUGCAAUCCCAGAUGUGUAUGACUUUCUUUCUUCUUUAGAAGGAUAUCCCAGCUCUGUCGGUCCAUACAAUGCAAGUGAAUGGUGACCACACCUUUCAAGCUCCAAAAAAGCUCAUAAAGGCAGCAUAAAAGUAAUCACAAGACUCCAGUGGUUAAAUCUUUGUCUUCAGAAGCCAUAUAAUAGGUGUGGAUGGGAAACAGAUCAAUAUUUUGUUUUUUACCAUAAAUCUCCACUUUCAUUUUUACAUUCUGAAAGUAAAAGUGGAGAUUUAUGUAAAAAAAAAUAGAAAAAAAAAACUUUUUUAAAAUAUUGAUCAGUUUCUCACCCAAAGUGACUGCAUCACUUUAGAAGACUUAUAUAAAACAACUAGAGUCAUGGAUUUUCAGAUGGAGCUUCAAAGUUUUGGCCACAAAUCACUUGCAUUGAGAGGACAUACAGAUCAGAGAUAUUCUUCUAAAAAUCUUUGUUUGUGAUGGAUUUGAAUACAGUGCUCGCCUUGCAAGCAUUGUGAAAAUGUGUUAAAGGUUUGUGAAGCAGUUUCCCCCUCUGUCCAGGGCUUUAGUUACUGGCCUGCAAGAAACAAAUGAAAAAAGGGACUUCAGUGACCAUCUUGUCUCUAAGUGUGUUGUCAUCAAGUUAUUGGCAAUAGGAUUCGCUAAGUUUGAAAUUGUUGCCCUGUUUGUGUCUGUAAAUAUUUAAGUCCAUUUCACCUUCCUACUUUAUAUCAUCUUUCUCAGCUGUAGACAGAUGUCUGAUUCCAAGAGUGUGUUAUAUAUAUAUAUAUAUAUAUAUAUAUAUACACUCACCUAAAGGAUUAUUAGGAACACCUGUUCAAUUUCUCACUAAUGCAAUUAUCUAAUCAACCAAUCACAUGGCAGUUGCUUCCAUGCAUUUAGGGGUGUGGUCCUGGUCAAGACAAUCUCCUGAACUCCAAACUGAAUGUCAGAAUAGGAAAGAAAGGUGAAUUAAGCAAUUUUGAGCGUGGCAUGGUUGUUGGUGCCAGACGGGCCGGUCUGAGUAUUUCACAAUCUGCUCAGUUACUGGGAUUUUCACGCACAACCAUUUCUAGGGUUUACAAAGAAUGGUAUGAAAAGGGAAAAAUAUCCAGUAUGCGGCAGUCCUGUGGGCAAAAAUGCCUUGUUGAUGCUAGAGGUCAGAGGAGAAUGGGCCGACUGAUUCAAGCUGAUAGAAGAGCAACUUUGCCUGAAAUAACCACUCGUUACAACCGAGGUAUGCAGCAAAGCAUUUGUGAAGCCACAACACACACAACCUUGAGGCGGAUGGGCUACAACAGCAGAAGACCCCACCGGGUACCACUCAUCUCCACUACAAAUAGGAAAAAGAGACUACAAUUGGCAAGAGCUCACCAAAAUUGGACAGUUGAAAACUGGAAAAAUGUUGCCUGGUCUGAUGAGUCUCGAUUUCUGUUGAGACAUUCAGAUGGUAGAGUCAGAAUUUGGCAUAAACAGAAUGAGAACAUGGAUCCAUCAUGCCUUGUUACCACUGUGCAGGCUGCUGGUGGUGGUGUAAUGGUGUGGGGGAUGUUUUCUUGGCACACUUUAGGCCCCUUAGUGCCAAAUGGGCAUCGUUUAAAUGCCACGGCCUACCUGGGCAUUGUUUCUGACCAUGUCCAUCCCUUUAUGGCCACCAUGUACCCAUCCUCUGAUGGCUACUUCCAGCAGGAUAAUGCACCAUGUCACAAAGCUCGAAUCAUUUCAAAUUGGUUUCUUGAACAUGACAAUGAGUUCACUGUACUAAAAUGGCCCUCACAGUCACCAGAUCUCAACCCAAUAGAGCAUCUUUGGGAUGUGGUGGAACAGGAGCUUCGUGCCCUGGAUGUGCAUCCCACAAAUCUCCAUCAACUGCAAGAUGCUAUCCUAUCAAU